GUAGAGCAGACGACCCGGUGUAGUGCAGCAACUACUACUAGGCCUAUUUACCGAUGGUCAAAAUAACUAGAGGUAUUUUUUAUCAGUUCAACUUAAAAUGAAGGAUAUGCAGCAUGGAGUCUACAGCCAUGGUUAUUACUUUUGCUCAUAGCUUAGAAGUAAUUUGAUUCUGAUCGGUUGUUUGUCCUUAAAAGGAUCAAAAUGGAGAUUGAUAGCCCAAAUAGUCCUGUUCCUGACUUAAAACAAGACGAAAAUGACAAUGAAGUGAAACCAUUGAAGGAGAAUUCUUGUACUUCUCAACCUGGUGAAGGAAAAAAGGGAGAGGAAAAUGACAGAGAAAACAAGGUACCCAUUUCAAGUGUCAGAAAAAGUGAACAGAAAAUUAAAAAAGUGAAAAUACCCAAUCAUAUGAAUACGACUGACGGAAAGAAGAAAUGUAAGAGGAAGAAUCAUUCGGGAAAGUCUGAGAGAACAACAUGUAAAGUUACAAAGUCAAAAAUCAAGAUUGAAAACAAUGGAAACAGUGACACAAUUUCUGCCGCGAGAUUCAAAACAAAAUUGCAAAGAUUUUGCAACGUAGUGCAAGUAAAGAAAUCAAGGAAAGGAAAAUUAGAGUUUUUUACAGGCUGUAUACCAAUUUUCUUGAUGUGUGGUACAGAGGAAUUUCUAAUGUUAAACGAGACUGAGGAAGACAACGUAGUCUUUUUCCUUAUCAAAGAAAAUGGCCAAAUUAUUUCUAUUCUUGCAGAUUUUCUUCUUCCUGGAAAUUACCUUAUAAAUAGAUUGUUUUCUGAUUACAAGUUUGACUCUUGUCCAGAUGACUUUAUGAACUUGUACCCUGAAAGCAGGUUAUCAUUACAAGUAAAACUUCUGUCUCCAUAUUUAUCUUCCACAACGGACCCAUUUGAGGGUCACCAUUUUAUCAUGAUUGGUCAUAUUAAACAGGAGCCUGUUCAUUACAUUGUUGAAGAAAAUUCUGACCUGAAAGCAGUGGUGGAAGAAUUUGAACAAGAGAACUGGGAGAGUUGUUUUGAAUCCUCCGUGGAAAACAAUAAAUGCGACCACCUGUUUUAUUGCAUGAUAAUGUCUGUGUUGUGGAAGAUGAAUACACAGAUUAAUGUCCGAAAGAGAAAAUUUAAAAUGAGGAUACAGUUUGUAGACGAACUGAAGAGAAAAAAGAAAAAGUCUGGUGACAAUUUAAAGACAAGUGAUGUUGUUGAGGUAACAGGGGAAGAAGAGGAGGAAGAUAUUUCUGAACAUGAAGACGAUUCUACAUGAUAGGAAAAUCAAUAGCGUAUUAGAAGGCAAUUUAAUGUGUACUGAUAGUGUCUGUAUGGGGUAAGUUUACAUGUGAUGAAAUAAAAAAUUAUUCAAACUGUUUUUAUCAUCACCCACCUUUGAAAAAUAUAUCUGUACAAAUGUGAUUUUUUAAUAUCUUAUAUAUAUAUAUUUUUUGAAAUACCCGAGCAAUUUCUGGUAAGCUAGGUGUUUUUUUUAAUUCCUUUUUGAUAUUUUUAUGCAUGAAAAGAUAAUUGCGAGUUGCAUUCUGUACUUAGUAAAGUAAAAAAUGUCCUGCCUUAGCUUACAUGUACAUAUGUAAGAUAAGUCUUUUAUGGACUUUGCAAGUAUUCAGUUUUUCUUAACUGAAGAGUUGCUUAUUGCAAUAUUUAUCAUAGCUUUAUAUGACGCAUAAAGCUAGAUCUAUUUAAUUUAUUCUGAAUCUUAACGUUCUAUAUUCUACUCAUUGCUUUUAUCUUUAUGUUGCAUCAGCGUAUGUGGUCUUGACUCUAUCUUCUUAUUGUAUGGUGUUUGCUUUUACCUUUUUGCUGUAUGGUGUUUGAUUUUAUCUUCACGUUCUAUUUCUAUAAAAAGAAAUUUAAAAAAAAUA